GCGUCGUCGCGUCUGCCUGCUGUUCAGCUGGAAGUUUUUUUGUUUGUUUGUUUUAAGACGUUGUACGAUUUCACGAUAUGUUCGAAAAUGGCUUGAAACAUUUGCAGCUGUUUGGACGACAACACACUAAUAUGACUGAAACCAUUUUGCGGUAGAAAGAUGAAUGAAGAGUGUAGAACAAAUGUAAUAUUAUAAUCCUAAAAGUGACGGGUCUCGCUUAAAUGGCGAGUGUUAUUUUUCUGUGAAAAUCAUUUCAUUAUUAUCAUCAUCUUCGACGGCACGAUGACACGUUUCUAAACAAGCAGGAAAAACUCUCGGUGUGACAACUGAAAAGAUGGAGGUUAUAAAAGUGGAGAGUGAAGACACGAGCGGUCCAGAACAAUGGAGAGUGAAAAAUGAAGAAGCCGAGGAACAAAUAGACCUGAUGGGAGUGAAAGAGGAAAGUCAAGAACUGCAUGAAGAGGAGAAACAGCUGUUACCUCGUAAUGUCACAACUAGAGAAAAAUCUUCUAGUUUCUCACAGACUGAAAGGAAUUUCUUUCAAAAAAGACAAGCCAGAAAAUGGUACACCUGCCCUCAGUGUGGAAAGAAUUUCACACGUAAAUUAACCCUUCAGAAUCACUUAGUAAUUCACAGUGGUGAGAGACCUUUUCUAUGCAAUAAGUGUGGAAAGAGCUACAAGUGUAAAGGUGCCCUUAAGAUGCAUACUAGAAUUCACACAGGUGACAGGCCUUACACAUGCCAUCAGUGUGGGAAGAGUUUCAUACAUCUGGAAAGCCUACAAAGGCAUAGGAAAAUUCAUUCUGGAGAGAAAUCGUACCAAUGCUCUGAGUGUGGCAAGGGAUUUGUAGACAUGUGGAAUUUCAAAAAUCAUCAGCGCUCUCACUCAGGAGAAAGGCCAUUUACGUGUGAUCAGUGUGGUAAAACAUUCAUUCUGUCAUCACAUUUAAAGAGACACCUGAAACUUCAUGCAAAUGAGAAGCCUUACUUGUGUUCCAUUUGUGGAAAGGGUUUUGUUUGGCUGGACUGUUUCAAAGAGCAUCAGAUAAUACAUAGCGGUGUUAGAGCUCAUGUGUGCUCCGAGUGUGGGAAAGCCUUUACUACACCAAGUAUCUUGAAACUUCACAAAAGGACCCAUACUGGAGAGAAACCUUACAAGUGUUCAUAUUGUGAAAAGAGAUUCACUCAGUCAUCAGGCCUGAAAGCACAUGAAAGAGUGCAUACUGGUGAGAGGCCAUACAUCUGCCCGUCAUGUGGGAAGACUUUCAGCAGAAAUAAUCAUCUAGGAAAACAUUUAAAAAAGGCUUGUACAAAGUUGUGA